UGAAAGCAGAGCCUGAAUGUGUCAAUGUACGUUUCUCAGAAAGGUUUAUAUCCUUUUUUUACUUCUACCCACACCAAUAAAUGACUCUGCUUUGUGUCAGCAGCCUGGACUGGUUUGAAUUUAAAAGAGGAGAAAAAAAAAACACUUCUUUCUGAGUCACCUGCCAGCAUCUAAAUGAGAAAACUGUGCUGUCUGUCUCCCUGCCUCUUCCCUCAUCUCCCGCUCUGAGUUUCUCCCUCCCUCACUGCAUUUUUCCCAGGCUGAGGCGUCCAUGGACCCUCUGGCUCCGCUGCUUUCGUCAGGGACUUGGAGCGCUCUGAGAACUUUUUGAACUCUCUGUGUUGGAGCGAGAAAGGCAGAGGAAGGGGAGCAUUUGAUGGGACACAGCCCGGCAGCAGCAGCAGGCUCCUCUGGAGACUCCAUCGGGACUCUCAGCUGGAGAUAAUCUCCCCCAGGGUCAUGACAAGACAGCGCCUCAGAGUCCUAACCCUCCUGGCUCUGCUGGGACUCCUCGUGUGGCUUGCAGACCUCGGCUUUAGCUCUGCUGUUGAGGAUGAGGAUUAUUAUAUGCAGGAGCUGCUGACAAGAGAUCAGGAUAACCAGGUGCAAACCUUGGAAAAGCCUGUGGCCUCGAUACCUGACAGGCAUGAGCACCCUAGCCAGAACUCUGGCAAGAAAGUGCCCAAGGGGAAGGCAGAGAGCAGCAGGCAGACAGACAAAACCCCAGCUGAUGAGAAAUCAGGUAAAUGGACUGCCAUCAGUUUGAUUUACUUUGGCUUUUCUCACACUUUCAGUGGGAGCCUUUCUUUUGCAAACAGCAGUAAAAUUUUAUUCUUCUUAUAAAUCCUUCACAAAAGUAUCAUUUUCACUGCCAGAAGUGAUCAGUCAUGUUUUCUCCUUUUUUAAAAAGUUCUCAGUUUGUCAGUAAAAGUUUGUUUGACUACAAUUCAGGCUUUGAAACUUCAGGAAACUUUUGAAGUAACCUUAAAAGUCUCUUUUUUUCCCACAAGAUGAAAGGUUUUGGCUUAUCAUUUAAGCUUUUGAAGUUUUAGUAAAUUUGUAAAUAAUAGAAACAUGGCAACGUUGUAAUUAUGUAAAAAACGUAACGAUGUGCUUUGAAGUUAAAGACUGGCACGGAUAUGUUAUGAAAAAUAACACCCGGUCCUGCGACUUACUCCCUCAGAUGAUGCUUUCAAGUGAAAUUGUUAACAAAUAAGGCUUGAGAUCAAAGUUGUAAACAGGGAGUUUAAUUUUCUCAAAGUCAUCUAACCUGCCCCGUGACCUUAAGCUGUUUGAGAAGUUCAAAGCGAGAAUUCGAGCUACAAAGAUGCGCAAAAAAGGAAAACAAAAAACAAUAAAAAUGAUCAAAGAAAGGAGAAAAAAACAAGGACCUCUGUAGGUAGUCCACCUCCUCUGUCCCCCCGCAUGCAUAGAUCUGAGGUAUGUUUCAGUGUAGCUCCUGCAGAACAGCAGGACUAACAGCCUCACACAGCAGAGGUCAGGACUGCAUUACAUGUUGGAGCCAGAAACACGUGAAAUCCACAUUUCACCAACGCGCAGCUCUGUGUGGGACUCUCUGCACAUGCAGAAGCAGGUUUGUAGGUAUGUUUGCCAUCCUGCCAGGUGAUUGGAGGACAGCAGCAGACUAGAGGGAAUUUGGUUGGUUGGUGGCCGAUCAUUUAGAGCAGCUGUGCCCACAGUGACCUCAUUUUUCAGGCAUCUGGAUACACGUGUCUCAGCAGAGAUACCUGCUGUAGGUGGUUAAAGAGGAGGGAUAUGAUAACAAUGAGAGACACGGCUUCUCUUUGAAGGGAGUUUUUCUUUCACCUCCAUCACACUGCAUCAUAUAAAACAAGAUAAACUCUGCUUCUCUUAAAGGUAGUCAUCUUUUAUGAAUAGAAACCUUUGGAGCUGUUAGUAUCAUAAACAUUAUAAUUAAAGAACAAAACCAACGUCUUACAAUAUGACUGGAUACAAACAGAUCUUCACAUAAAGCUACUCUUAGCAAUAUUUCUGUUUUGGACUGGUUCACUCUUCACUCUCAUUAGUGUAAUUUUCAGAGGCGUCAGACAAGUUAUUUAAAAGUGAAGUGGAAAAACAAAUUCAGCAUUUAUCGUGUAAAAAGCUUAUUUUCAGGAGCUAGGGCGAACUUUUUUUGUAUAUCGAGAACAAAACAAAGCUCAACGAAGAGGAGAAUCAUUUCAUUUCAAGAAAUGAGACUGUAAAAAUGUGUCUGUUGCUCAUGUGCUGUUUUUGUUGAGCAUUGGCAAAGCUUUUUGUUGAGAUGUUACUAGUCAAAAAUGAAUAAAAGUGACAAAUAGAAAAGACUAACCAAAUUCGAUUCAUACUGUUUUGGGUAGAUUUGAUGUACCGUUUUGUAAUUUGUAGAUCAGCAUUAUUGUUUAAUAGGAAAACAAUGAAUUGGCACCACUUCUUCGUAAUGAAACAAUAAAUAUUUCUCUUUAGAUUUUACAAAUAUUUAAGAAAAAGUGUUAUGUUGGAUCUACUUGAGCAGUAAAAACUUGACAUUGGGCACUGUAGCUUUUAUUCUUUUACUGUCUGUAUUUUAUUCCUGUUACUGUUUAUAAUUUUGUUGUUUAUUGUUAUCUAUUUAUUAACUUCUUUUAUUUAUCCCAUGUAUCCCUUUGUUUGACUGCUAUCUUCUUAAAGGUGCUUUAUAAAUAAACUUGACUUGACUGUUAUGAAAGCUUAUUAUUUUGAGAAUUGGAGAAGAAAGAUAGACCAUGGAGUUACAAAAGCUUUCAUUUGUUUUUGUUUUUUUACUGUCUUUAAUGGCGAAAGCUCAAAUUCCUUCACGGUCAUUGCGCUUGAUUUUCCCCACGAGAACCAUGACACUAAAAAUGAUUUUGUCUCAAAUGUUGUAUUUUUGAUUUGUACAUCAUGAAUCGUGUUUGAUUUGAACUAACUCUUAAAAAUUGAUUAAUAGGACGUGUUUUUUUUUCCCUCACUUGUACUAAUUCUGCCAGAGUACUCAGAGCAGAGCUCAGAUGUCAACAGUGACUAAGCUCUCAAUGUCCGUUAUGCUGAGCCACAUGCACAGCUCAGAGCAUUGUUGAGGAUUUCAGCUGUCCCCGGACUGAGACAAGGAUAAAGACUUUCAGAUGUGAGAAGGAUUGUUAUCACAUGGGCCCUUUCCUGACCCGGCAGUCAGUCAAAUAAAAAGCGCACACUUCACUUCCAUGUUCAGUCUCUGCAAUGUGACCUCUCCCCCCCCAUCAUGUUUCAGAGAAAGGGUCUGUCCAUGACUGAUUUGAACCUUACAGCCGUUAUCUUAUAAUUGGUAUUACGGCAUUAAAGACAUAAGGGUGCAAAUGGAUCAUGGCAAGGUGCACAGGAGUUAAUAUUCUCAAAAGUCUGCAGCAAAGAUCGUCUCUUGGUUCAGUGCCCAGCCCUGAAUCCAUCCACAUGUGCAGGAUUGAGUCCAACCAAAGCCUUUUCUUCUUUGUCAACACCAGAGCUUUUCCCUUUUUAUGUUGACAACGAGGAAUCAGUAGCUUUUAAGGUGAUUUGGCUUGCCAAAGCCUUUUAAUAAAUCAAGAAAGAUUUAUUUCCGUUACUGUAAUAUUGUUUUUUCUUUCCUCAGUGAAAACUGCCAACAAAAAGACUGAAAAGAGCAAGAAGAGCACCUUGAAAACUCCAAACAGCAUCCCAGAAGCAGAAGGACAAGUCAACCUGGUAAAAGAGGGUGAGUCGAGGCGCCAGUGUCCCUCUUACUUGUUAUGGGAAAUUCAUCCUUUCCUGCACUAUACACAAGGAUAAUUUCUCUGCUUUUCUGGGAGCUUUUAUGAUGGGAAAAAAGAAAUCAAGUCUGUCAAAGAUGCCAAAUAUUUUGAAAAGAGGAAGAGUUUUGAGACAGGAUACUUGCCCUGAGGGGAAAGGUCUGGCAAAAUAAAAUGAUCCUCUCAGAGCGGAGUCGAGCCACAGCGGUAACGACGUCUCCCUUGCCUGUGAAGCGCUUUGUUUUGAUCCACAGAUCACAGUUUAUUUGCUAAACUGAAGCCAGGAUGCCCCAGUGGUUUUACCGUCAUGUCGAAGACAGAUUAAACUUGCUUGACUGAAAUCAUGACUCGGGGCUAAACUCUCAUGAUUUGACCUUAAGCUUCACACAGCUUUAUAGUAUUUAUUAGAGUUAUUUACACAGUGACAGACAUUUCUAGCAUAACGGAAAGCUGUGUUUCAUAACGCUGAAAGGUUAUGAGUCGUUGUAUUUUCCAGCUGUGAAUUUAUGUGUUUAUAUAAAAGCUGUUUUAAGGGAACUUUCUGAGAAAGACAGACAGACAGAGAGGGUGCCAUUUGUAAUUUGGCACAAGGGGACAGUAGCAUAAAGUUGGACAUCCUUCCAUGUUGGAAAAUGGGAAGUCCAUGCUGACAUUGCCUGGCAUAAAGGAGCCCACACAGUCAAAACCUGGAUGACUGUCACUCCCAGAUUCAUGUUUGUAAGGCUGUAACUGUGAUUCAGCACCAGGCUGGUUUUAAAUAUUGGUUUGGUGUCUCAUGAUAGCUGCUGAUUUAACAGGGAAAAACUGAGCAGGAUUCAACAAUGUCAAAAUUAUACACUUUUUUCCUACAAAGAAAACUUUGUCACUAAGCAACAGAAAUAGUUAAGCCUCCAAUUUUUGCUUAUUCUUUGAGAUUUUGCCUCAGAUAAAGUCAUUGUUUAGAAAUCGAACCUUUAGCUAGUGUGUUAAGGACUGUAGUUGUCUGUAUUUGGGGCACUUGAGAGUUAACCCAGCCUCUAAAUUCCCAACCAUUCAUCUAGAUUUCAGAGAAAUUACAGUUUCUACCACGUACACAAAUACCAAAACUACGGGGAAUUCAUUUAAGUGGAUUUUAAUGCGUUUUUAAGUUUGAUCCAGCAGAUGUUUCAACAGCUCAUCUAUUAUUCCUAUCAGACGCAAAGGGGAACUUGUUGAAACAAGAUGUCUAUGUGUGCAAAGCCAAGCUGCAGAAACUAAGGUGCUUUCUGAGCUUCUGAAGGCCAUAAGGUUUAGAUAAAAUAAAUAUGGUGGAUUUUGGAUGACGCUCUAUCUGUUUCAAGAUAUUUCUUUCAUAAGGAUUAAAACUAAAGCUUUCAAAGACCAAAAAAAAUCAUAAUCUUUCAAAUGAAAAGGUGAAUACAGAAUCAGUAAACCUUACCCCUUUCUUAUCCAGUAUAAUGACAGACAUUUUCUUUUGACCAUAUUCAGACUUCCUCAAAAGAUGACACGACUUCACAGGGGCGGAGUCACAGAGUCGCACAAAGUUAAUUUUGAGAGUUUUUCGGGUUGGAUCGAGUGUCUUUUACGCGCUUCUAACUCAGUAAGUCCAUGUGACACAAAAUCGAAACUUGGCGGACAUUUGAAGGAUUUUAUUAACUUCCCGGACAGCCUGGACAGCCCCCCAAAAACAGGACAUGCCUGGGUAAAAGGAGAUGUAUGGUCACCCUACAAUUAUCCUCUACCACCCUGAUGUACAUGAGCACAGAUUAAAGCAUCCUGUAGAAACUAGAAAUAACGUUGUACGUAGGCUGUGUCUGGUUAAAUUAACCACUUGACCUGGGGAGACCCAAAGGCUGACAGCAUGUACCUGCAGACUCCAUGAGCCCUAGUGUAGUUGUGUAAAUAAACUGAGCUCUGCACUGACUGUUUUCUAAGUGUUUUCUUACCUUCAGUUGGUCUUAGUUUAAAUUUACGUCCAGGAUAUUCACUUUUUCAGGACAUUCCUUCUUGUAAUGUAAUUAAAUCACACUGAAAGUAUUUUAAUGAUGUUUUUGGUCCCAGUGUUGGUUUUUUGGAAAAGUCAGUUACCUCAAUUACAACAAAUCAGGCCUCAACUGUCUGCUUUUCCAUUUUUUUAUAUUGUUCAUUGUUGCUGUUGCCAGAUGCUCUGUGCUAUUGUUUGUCCCCUCGGAGAGACUUGCAUGCAGAUGGCGGUGCUGAUAGUAAUUUAGUGCUUUGCAACACAGCGAGCCGGCGUCUAUUUUUUUGUCCUGCUAACCUUGAUUCGGUCUGCUGCUAUAAGGUUGUAAAGUCUGAUCUCAAAAGCCUGCAGACUUAUAGAAGGUGUUCGCUUCCAAGAUUGUGUCACAGGUAUAUCAAAAUGUGUUUUAUUGCCGCAGAGUUACAAUGUAUACUACACUCACUGGUCUCGCCACUGGCUCCUCCGCUGGCUUAUUAAAUAAUAUUUUACACGUCAACUUUACAGCGUGAAUUAAGUUGGUCUCGAGCUGUUUUCAUAAUGCAUUGAACAUAAAUUGUCUCAUGCAUGUGCAGCUUUUGGAUGUGGAUCAUCUUUGUGUCUGGAUUUUCUAAAAAACUCUGUCGCUUGUGAUUUAUGAUCCGCAGCAUCUUAGACAAAUCAGGCCAAUAAAAAAGUUGUUCUAUGUGAAGCCAGCUUCCUUUAUGGAUCGAAUAUAAACUCUACAGCAGAACUUUAUGUUCAACUUCACAUGUUUACCCCGUAAGGCCAAAAUUCCAUUGUGUCCUUUCGGUCUGUUUCUUUUCUGGGUAUUCGCUUGUGAAGGCAAUUGGCUACAUGACAGCGACAUGUGAAGCAUAUGCUGCACACCGAGGCCCCAGUAGGAAAUUCUUGCUCUGAAUUUCCAUUGGUGUGAUCAGGGAAAGCUGCGACUGACCCGGAGAGCUGUCCAACAGCAGCGGGGAUUUCACAUAUUAACCUUGAUUCGCCUCUUUUGUCCUCAGCAGGUGACUGUAACCCAGAGGAGCCAAUCUCACACAAAAGAGUUGUUCAGUGAGCGCUUCUCUGUUUCUGCAAUCAUUUAAAGGCAGGUGUUUGUGCCAAUAUCUCGAACGUCUCUCCAAGUGCAAAUAAAAAUAUUUUAAAGUUAUGUGCAGCUUUCUGUUUUUGAGACAGUGUUUUUCCAAAGUAAAGACAGAUUGCGUUGAUAUGACUGCCAAACUGUUUCUACGGCCUCAGUGGGAGUGAGUGGAUAACUGGCAUGCUCAAGGAGUUAAUUACAUGACGAUUAGUCAUAUUGAGUGCUGUUAAUUGCCACCAUAAGGGCUGCUGUGGAGAUAUAGCGGCGCUCAUGUAUCGUAGAAAGCUCUUAUCCUUUGAUUUGGGCUGUAGGGAUUACUUUUAAAUACAAUACUUGGAGAUUUUACAUUGAUUGAAUAGAGAGUGGUUCAGAAAUUCAACUUUUAAACACAUACUUAACUAGUAAAGGUGAAGUAAAACCUUAUAUUGAAAGUUCGGUCACUUUCAAUAAAAGACAUUUAACAUGGUCACCCAAAAUCCUAUCUUAUGAUUAUCUUCUUUUCUGAUCAGGAACCAUGUUUACAUGUGCAAAAUUUCUUGAUCCGAUUGAAAAUGUGAGGGAUCGGAUAAUCUGAAUCCACUGUUUUUAUGGGUGCAAAAUUAAAUAAUCCUGCGCCAAUCUUUAUUCAGAUUAGAAGCAUUUGGACCUGUGCAGAGUUGUCUAAUUUCGCUAAAACACCCUCAAAAGAAGAUUUGUAUUUACGCCUGUGCUGUCAACAAACCAACAUACGCAGUAGUGGCUCCCUCCAUUCAAUUAAAGAUUUUUUCCCAUGUUAAAUGAUGUCACUAGAUGGCGCCCUUGCAUAUUUAUUUUACUGUUCUGUAGAUGUGACAUCAUUACACCGUAUGUACGCCUUGUUAUGUUAUCGUAAGAGUAGACACGGCACCUGCGAUUGUGUCUUAUGCCAGAGUGUUAAUAAUGAAACCUCCUGUACUGACCUCAGUAAAAAAGCCAAAGGCUAAAGAGUGAAGAUCAUGUCAGGUUAAAGAGUCACGAUCGGAAUAAGUGUUUACAUGGAAGUGUUUACAUGGACCCGGAAUUAUUGAUCGGCAUAAACCACCCCUCUUGAUCGGAAUACAAUUUCUUUCCGAUUGAGCUGAAUUGAAUCAGAAUCUUCUGAUCGACAUGUUUACAUGACGCAUUUUUAUUCCGAUCGGGCAUUUAUUCUGAUUAUUUGUGCCCAUGUAAACGCAGCUAGAGAUGGAACUUAAGUAAAAAACUAAAAUAUAAAGGAAAACAAAAAUCUUCUCUUUCAUGUUGGUAGUUAAAGCAGUCAGGAUUAGUGGGCAUAGAAAGAGAGAAGAGCUUGUUGUUGAAUUAACCAGGAUUCGGUCGAUUUCUAAAAAUGAAAUGUUCCAGGACUUUGCUUGAAUCACAGAAAAUGUCGAGAUGUGUGUGUGUAUGUUAUUUACACUGCAUCAUUUCUGCAUGACUAAACAUGAAGCCAUACUGUAACACUUGCCCACAGCGAGACAUGAAGGUCACACACACACUGCUUCAUGCAUCACGGCCCAGCAGCAACACUGUCUUUUGUACAUAACAGCCAUUUUACAAGGCUUAAGGAGUGCUAUCCAGCUGGUGCAAAUGGGUCUGAGAAAAUAGCCCAUGUCUCCCCCAUGACCUCACGGUCACAGCGAUGCCAUCAGGGUUAUAUCCAUAUGACCUUGGAGACUACAGGAAGUCUGCAUCACAAAUAAAAAGGAUUGCCUGUAUGUCGAUAUGAGCAUUGUGUCUUCAUUUCCUCUGAUUGUGGGAUGAGAAGACAAAAUGUCACCUCAAUGGGUGCUGGCAUAUCUCAACCGUUCUCCACCAGCUCCUGUUACUGCUCUACCACCUGGAUGUAAACUAUACAGAUUGCAAAUAGCAUCUCAUAGCAAAGCACAGUUUGACAUUAUUUUAAUCUGGAAAAAAGCAACUGUUAGCAAUGUUUCGUAAAACUCACAUAAAACGAAAGUAAAUAAGCAUUAAGUCAAAGAGAUGGUAAUAAAGAUUCUUAGAACAGGGGGAAAAAGGUAAAAAAAAAAAAAGUAGAUGACACCAGUCUGUUGCAAAAUGACAAGGAAAUGAGUCGUUUCAUAGCGUCUCAAGUUUUCACCUCAGACUGCAUGAUUACUGGAUGUAACUUUGGUGAUAUCACCCGUCUGUGUCUGACGCAGAGUUUUGAAGCCAGUUGGUGGCCAUAUUGGAAAUGCUGACUCAACCUGACUCAACCGUGGUUCUGAUUCACUGAUCUUGUACCCUAAAUCACUUUGAGAGGAACAUGUUACAAAGAAAUCACUUCCCAUACUGUGGGUUUCCCGAACUUUUCAAACUGUAGUUGUUUUUUGAGCCAGAUGUAAACAUAUUUAUUUUUGGUCAGUCAGUACGUUUACAUGACAAUCGAGAAAACUGAAUUAUUGCCCCUAGGUCUCAAACUCCGAUUAAGACCAGACAACUGAAGUGCAUGUAAACACCUUAGUCCGACUAGAAUCGGAGUUUGAGAACUCUGAUUGGAUUGUGGAGCGCUUCACUUAUUGGUCAAGAGCAUGGACUGUAUGUAUUAUGGACAACUUUGUUCCGCCUUCCACUACUAGGAACUGCAGUUUUUAGCACUUCUACAUCGGCUUCAUUUCUCAAGACAGGAGGUAGCCACAUGGUCUAAAACUUUUUAUAGGACUCGCUGCAUAACUCUCAAGUCUAAGUCAUUUUUCCAAAAGUAAUCUGAGAAGAAACAGACUAUUUAACAAACUGUUUGAUUUUUUUGGUCUCACAAUGAGUCGAUUCUUAGCACAAUAAAAAUCUGAAUCUUUGUCUCCAUUGUCGAGAAACUGUCCAAAAAAUGUCUGCAGCUGCUGUUCCUGUAAUUUUCCCUUUUUCUCCCUUUAAUUAUAAUAUCACAGUCAUUUCAGCAUUUUAAUCAUGAACUCAGGGUGCAGCUGGCUGACUGUGCAAGGUGUGCCAAAAUUACCAAACAGACGCUUUCAUACUGUACAUUCAUUAAUCACUCAUACUGACUGACACGUUUUGAAUUCACAUCAGCUCAGACAUCAAAGCUGCCGUCACGCCCAUUCACGAAGGCCUUUUCAUGCAGUCAGGUUUACACACUCAGGUUAUUAUAUUUGCCUGUUUUCAGGAUCAAAGUGUGCUGUGUAAGAGUGAAAAAAAGACAUACUGAGAGGAAAAAAAUGUGGAUGGGUCAUUGUUGUUUUUGGUUUGCUAGCAAAUUGAUAAAACAUAAACACAGAUAUUUGUUGCUAGCAUAGCCGUCACAUUCCAGUUCAACAUCUCACAAUGUUUUGACUACAUUAGGUUUGAUAUAAAGGGAUCCUAUAAUUAUAUCAUCCUGGUGAUGAACAUGAAACACAGCUGCUGCUGCUGCCUGGAUUGCUUAAAUACUUUCGGGCUGGAGUCUGACCUGCUCAUUACUGUUGAGUCUACCUAUUAGCAAGCAUAUGCUCCCUGACACUGCAGACAUAUGCUGCUCAGAAAAGAAGCACUCCUGGAACAAUACAACACAUAUUUCAUAAGGUUGCCAUCACAGGACUAAUUUAUCAUUCUCGUUUACCUAGAAUGCCCUCCCAUGGGACUGGAGACGUUGAAGAUUGAUGAUUUCCAGCUUCACGCUUCAACCAUCAAACGCUACGGCCUCGGUGCACACAGAGGUCGACUUAACAUUCAGGUAUGUAAAGUGGCGGCGUAGCUUGGGAACGCUUAUUAAAAAUGUUCUGGCUUGUACUUUAUCCUCUUUUUUCUUUUGAAGCGUCCGUGUUUUCGGAGGGGGGAGUCAUUUUAACACGUAGAAGCGAAACUCUAAAGAGAUAGCAUCUUUUAAUUUUAGAAUCACCAGAAGUUCAUAUUUAAGCUCGAUGGAAAGAUGUCUGCAGCGAUAGGCAUUAUUACUCUAUUUCAAAUCAGAGCAGAUUUUAACACCCAUAAGCUAACAUAAUAGAGAAAGUCAUAGUUUCUCCAUCAAACUAAACCUAAUAAAAGGGAUUGACAUCUGGGAGAAGAGGAAUUUCCUGUUAGUGCAAGCUGUUCUUUGAGGUUAUUAGCCUCAGCCUCGUCUUCUGCAGACUGAACCGCUCUGAAUCUAUCUGCACAAUUAACGAAACACUACACAUGCUCUUAAUUCUCACAGGACAGCAAGACACUAUGUUUCAGGAAACCAGCGAAACAAAGGGUUUGUUGUUUGGUUGCGCAUGCGAGUGUCUGUCAGGGAUCAUAGAGGGAGAACGAUAAGGUCCAAUCUGGAGAGCAAUUAUCUGUAAAUCAGAGGAGACACAUAGAAAGCAGAUGUUGCCUGUUGUAUCAGGCCUACAGCCAGCAAACUUGGUUUAUUUCCACUUUUGUAGCUGCUGCAGUUUGUUUAGACUCCACACUCCAACUGUGAUGAAUUUAACCCUCUUUUGAUCACACCACUCAGUGAAGGACAUGAUUUACUCAAGUUCACACGUACUCUCUCGAUUAAACACAGCUAAGAAUAUAACAGAAAUAUGUGUAAGUUACAAAUCAUAUCUGUCUAUCCUGCAGCAAAACAUGUAGCUAAUUUUUUUGGAAACACAUGUCAGAUUCUUUUGAAUUCACCAGGCAGCUCAUGAAAGGUCUUAUUUCUGCACCUGGAUUUGGAGUGGCACCAAAUUGUCCAACAUUCAAACCUCCCACAUAUUUCCCUGAAAUCUUCAAACAUGUUUUUGAGAUGUUCUGCAAACUGACAGACCAUGGAGACACAAAACAGAAGCUCUUUGGCAGGGGUUAUUGUUUUUUUUUCUACAUCUCACAAAUCAUUCAGAUGUCAACCUGGACAAUUAUAACAAUGUAAUCAUGUUUUACUUGAAAGGAACUAUGUUUUUAUUGUGCAGUUUGUUAAUACUAUGGUUGGAUCAUGGUUUUUCAAAUAUUAGUCGAAGUUUACAGAUAUUUUUGUUCUGGUACUUUGUAUCAAAAUUUAAACAAAUGAUCAUCUUAAAAAAGUGAAUGUUGUCUCCAUGACCUUACCCUUUAAAUCUUGGACUAUACACCUUAUAAAAUCUAUCCAUCUGGCAGUCACUAUCCACUUUUUUCUCUCUCUUUUGACUGAGAUACAAUAUUUGGAUGUAAGCUUGGAUACUCGCUGCAUUUGAGUUACCUCGGAAGUCGGAGCUGAAAAUGACGUCACACCCGAGUAACAAGCAUUUUAGUUACCAAGUUGGAAAAAGCAAAAUCAAAGCUGGAAACAAGAUGGCUACAUCUACAAAAGUUAUUUUAGUGGUUACUUUGUCUGAAUAUAGCAAGGACAGGAGAUGGAAACAAGAUGGCCACAUCUAAGAAAAUUAUUUUAGCGCUUGCCUUGUACUUGUUAUAUUCGGACAUGUCUUUCAUAGAUGUAGCCAUCUUGUUCCCGCCUCCAAUUAUUUUUUUUUGCGACUUGGCAACUGAAACGCUGGUAACUCUGAUAUGACGUCAUUUUUAGCUCCGACAUCUGAUUUCCGAGGUAACUCAAACACAGCAACAGUACAAGAACUCUUAGUCAUAGUUAGCUAACCCUGGAAGUAAUCAUCUAUUCUCUCAAAAUCUGAUUCAGAAUGUUCAAAUACAUAUUGAAGUUGAACUUAAAAGACACAACAGUAAGCAUUAAGUCUGAUUUUUCCUCAUUUUAAUCUUUUGUCUGUCUCAAAGGGAUUUUGCCACAGUGUCAACAGGCAGAUGUUAAAUGUGCUGAAGAGAGAACAGCACCCUCUGGUGACGGGCUGCAGUAUAGGUCAUAAAUCCUGCCUCCACCAGCAAAGCUUAUGGAGCGGUGGACACAUUUUAGAACUUAAUUACACAGAAUAUCAAUUUUUCAAAGUUUGCGUAGCUCACCUGGGGGAUACGCGACUCUCCCGCCAAAUGCGUACAAUGCAUUGGUGGUGGUGGAGUGGAAAUGGAGAAAAAUUGCAUAAAUGCCGCAAGCUUUUCAGCUUCAAGUACACUGGCGGAGGGCAGAACCAAGUUGUCCAUAGUAUAUACAGUCUAUGCUUCUGACCAAUCAGAAUGAAGCGCUCCACUUAGUUUUGUAAUUGAUCCUUUUAUAGACACAUGAUUUAAUCUCAUAGAUUCUGUUAUGUUUGUAAGGCAAAGUACAUAUAGUGCUGUUUCGUUUCAUAGAUGCAUCUCUGAGAGCCCAGUUUAUCUCAAACAUAUCUGAAUCUUACUGCUAUGAAGAGUAAAUUAAAACAAAGUACAGUGAUAUUUGUUGUAAUUCUGUAUCGGUUCUUAACCAUCAUGCUGUAUCUGUUAUAGAUCUAUGGUAUUUCUGCAAGGAAUUCUAAUCUGCAUUUCCAUAAAGUGCCUUAAACUAAUCUUUGAAGAGAGAUUAUGUUAAUGUGUUUUUUUUAAGAUCUCCAGAUAAAAAGCUGUUAAAUGACAAGCAAGAGUGGUGUCCUCCAAAUACACUUGACAUUCACACAUUACAGCAGUGAUAUUAUUCACCCAGUGCACACUGUAUAUAUAUAUAUAUACUAUAUAUACUAUGUGUCAUCGUAGUGCUUACAUUGGGAUGAAAAGGAUGUACAAUGUGUCCUGUCAGCAUGUGACUCUUCGCAUAGACUCAGCCUCUGCUGCUAGAACAAUCUGCCACAGGCUUAAUGCAAAGAGAAGCUUUUCUGCUCUGUAGUUAUUCUUCUUCAGCGCGUGAAUGUGCACUCCCUGACAUCCUAUAGGACAUACAGUAUUUGUCUUGCUUGGUUGAUUCUCAUCUGAAAAUGUCAGCUGCAUCCUCUCAACAGUCAACGCUUGAACCAAAUCAAAAAGUUUAACAAAAUUCAGAGCUUUGGGCUUAACUUUGGUGUUUCUACAUGAGCUUCUACAAUAAUAAAAAAAAAGCUGCUCCACACUGCUGUUUUGUGGUCUCCAGGCUGGCCUUUAUGAAGAUGACCUCUAUGAUGGCGCCUGGUGCGCUGGGAGAGAUGACCCGCUGCAGUGGUUUGAGGUAGACGCCAGGAGGCUGACAAAGUUCACAGGGGUCAUCACACAGGGCAGGAGCUCUCUUUGGUCGUGAGUAUGAACCCUGCACACAUGCACGGAGAGUUGCAGAUGGUUGAGGGUUUUAUUUUUAAAGUAUAAUAGAAAAUAGUGAGGAUUGAUUUGGUGCCAGAUUUGUUGCCUUGGUAAGUCUUGGUUUUAUCUCGUCAUGGCUGUUUUAAGCAGAUGGACACAGAGAAAGGUGAGACCAAAGGGUUGUUAAUGUGUGUGCUGAAUUUCUGAGCCAUAAGCGGAUAUCAUACUAUGAUGGGGUUUAUCCUCUGGGCAUCAUGAUUGUACAAAGUUCAUGGCAAUAAAUUUUGAGUAAACCUAGUUGUACUGAGCCAAAGUGAACUGGCUUCCCUCCGGCCAUGUUUGUCAGUUAUUAAUAAUCAAAACCCAAACACAGUAAACAGCCAAAACUCUGUUCACACACGGCACAAGCUUCACUACAACUAAAGGUUUAGAGAAAAGACAAACAAUCAUAGUCGCUUAAGAAGCUCAAUGACGCUGGAUUUUCUCUUAAACCCAGCUGGAAAAUUGACUUCGAAGAUAUAAACAACAAAAAAAAAGGCCUCUCAAUUUCAUCCACAUGGUGCUGAACUUUCCCAGAAGUUUGCCCUUUUGACAAAUCCCCUCUGAUCCCCUCAUUUUGAGGAUCGGAGAUUCAUGAGUUUGAAUAUUUUUUUUUACUCAUUUAACGCUACAGAAACUGAUUUUACUGGACUUCAAGGUAAUCAAUCACACUAAUGGGUAAAAUAAGGAAAGCAUAAAAGUAGAGAUUUUAUGUUAAACUAUCCACUGAGUCACCCGGCUGUACGUUACUAACAAGCUCUUUAAAGCUUGUUAAGGUAUAAAUUACGGUACCAUAAUAUCUCCAUGACACCUCAUCUUCCUUUUUAAAUACAAAGCCACUGGUAUAAUCUCACCUCCCACUGACUCAGCUCCAUACAUCACAGCUCGGUCUUUUGUGAGCAUGCAGAAAUAUCCUGCAAAGGUUGACUCUGAAUUUAGACCCAACCUUUAAGAACACAAAUUAUUUGGUACCUGUGUCGAGGUUAAUCAUAUAUUAUCAUGUAUGAUUUCAGCCAAACACACUGAAUGGCAAUCACUGGCUCAAAAUAGUUACUGUUUUGAAUUCAUUUAGCUUUAUAGAGUUUUUUAAAAAAGCACAAAUAUGACUCAGUGUUUAAAUUCACAAACUUAUGCUUUAUUUCUUUAUUUUUUAUUUAUUUCUGUAACUAAAAUGCAUUUAUUAUGACCCAAAUGUUGACAAUGUUAGUGAAAAAUCACAUUUAAAAUGCAUUUUUGUUUAAUACAUGAAGUCCUCAUGUGCAAAGUAUGUCAUCUUAGAAAGUUGCCCAAACAUACUAGCUUGAACCUAUUGUAAUAAUUAUUGCAUUAAAUAAUGUUGAUCUGGGACACCUUAAGAGUAGCUUUGCAUGAUUUGCAGCACAAAAACUCUAUUAAUCUUAUACUGGAGUCCAUGUAAACCUUUAUUUAAGUUAUAUAAACCACUAUACAGCUUAUGGAUGUUACUUUUUACACAGCUUUGUGGUAACAAAAUGACUAAUUUAUUUAUGUUUUUACCAGAAAUGUUUAUAGCUGGCUCCUGGCUCCCAAUAGCACCUAAAGGAAGUUAGCUACUUCCAGUUUUUGGUUACAAGCCUUUGUGGACACUCUUGAAAGAUGGUUUAAGUAAUAAGUGAGGUGCAAAUCCAGCUUGUAUUGGCCUUUGUUUACAAAAAAAGUCACAAGUGAAACAAACAUCUUUUUUUUGUGGCUGUUGUCACCCUGAAAACAUAAAACCUCCCCUCUAUUUUCUGGUUCCUUCGUCUCUUAAAGGAGAAAAUAGUCACAACUUUCCUUCCCAGUGAAAAGGACGCUAUUAUGCAACUUUUAAAGACAUACCAAUUCAACAAAGAGCAGAGCAGAGAAAAAGUGGAGAAGUGAAAUGGAUUUUCCAGUAUUACUUGCAUGCUAUAAACCACUAUACAGCUUGUGAGUGUUACCUUUUACACAGCUUUGUGGUCACAAAAUUAGUUUUUUAUUUAUGCUUUUAAUUAAAAUGUUUAUAGCUGGCUCUUGGCACCCAAUUGUAACUGUAGUAAUAAGUAAUAAGUGAGAUGCAAAUCCAUCUUAUAUUGGCCUUUGUUUACAAAAGAGUCAUAAGUGAAACAACUUUUUUUGUGGCUGUUGCCGCCCUGGAAAAAAAAAAACCUCCCCUCUGUUUUCUGGUUCCUUCAUCUCUGGAAAGAAAAAAUAGUUCCUUCCCAGUGAAAAGGACGCCACUAUGCAACUUUUAAAAGCAAACUGAUUCAACACAGAGAAAAAAGUGGCGCAGUGAAAUGGACUUUCCAGUUCCACUUGCAUGCCGUCCUUGACAGAGCUGAUGGGUGGGCUCAUCUUUUAGCACUGUCUAAAUAACACUUAUCAAAUCUGACAUCAGGUUGAGGCCAUGUCUCCAACGAGCUGUUCAGACAGCAUAAAUCCAUUUUCUGUUAACAUCUUUAACUUUCCUCUUUAAUAAUAUUUGACAACUUUUGGCCUUUGCUUUUCUUAAUUGGAAUGGGUGGCACAGGCUGGUGGAAACUGCUUGCGUACUGCACUAUGAGAGCAUGGGGAAUUUCUUUACCAGACCGUGUUUGUAGCCUUUACUUUACGGCCAGCACGAUCUGAGGGUGCAGAAAACACUGAUGCCUGAGACAGACUUUCUCCACAAUUAGCUCUGCAGGGCAUGUAACUGUCUGUGGUGCCAGCUCAGGGGCUUCUGUCUAUAACAGAGCUUUAAUUAACAGAUCUGGGAAUUCUUACCAGGCUGGACCAGCUCAGCACUGAUGUCUUCAUCCAGAGGCCAGGAGUCUCUGCCAACCUGCAUACUGCACACACACACAGAGGCUCCAUCUGAAAAAAUGAGACAAUGAGUCAUCUUUGAAGACAGACUUAGAAAAUAUUGUUUUUUUUUAAUGCUUCACCUUUCUGUGCUCUGGCUUAGCUACGUCUAGAGAACAGGAACAAUGUGUUUCAAAGUUUUUGCCUCUAAACUCCCACUUUUGUUCACUUCCCGUUUUUGUUAACCGUCUAAAGUGCACGCAUGACUUGUCAAGGUUGUCUCUUCCAGACAGCUGUUUUUUUCCCCCUCUUAUCUCUACUCAUUAUGGAAAUCACUUACUUGACAAUAAAAAGUCAAUUAAUUUUUGGAUUUGUAGUUAUUUUUGUCAAAGCAGCACAAUCGGUUUCUCAACCUUAUCUUGAAAUUUUGCUAAAGACCAAAAAGUGAAUUUCCUGUCAUUAAAAAGCAAUAAACUUUUGUUCCGAUUCUGAAACUUUUCAUAAUAAAAGACUCAAAUGACAAGUUCAUAAUAAAUUUCUUUGACCUCCAUUCUUCUAUUUUGAAACAGACUUUCACCCCAGUGGGAAUUAACAUGUCUGGAUGUGUGAGGAGAGACUUCCUCGCUGUCACCCUAGAGAUCCAUUUGCAUUAAAACCAGCCUGAGAGGAAAUUUAUUUUGUUCAACUUGUGACCUGAUUUUCUAACUUUAACAGGAGCGAUUGGGUGACCUCGUACAAAGUCAUGGUGAGCAAUGACAGCCACACCUGGAUAACGCUGAAGAACGGCUCUGAGGACUUGGUGAGCAACAACAGAGGAGGCAAUUAUCUCUGCGCUGUUCACGCUUUAGAGCUCAAGAAUUAUCAUUCGUUCUUUAUGUAAACAUACUACAUAAGAAGCCUCGAGGAGGAUUCGCUGAAACCUGGAGGAAAAAUGAAUUCAUGUUUGAGCAAUUACGGAGAAAGAUUCAGAUCUCUGCUAAUUUCCGAGCUUAAUGAGCUGGGAGGCGAGAGUAAAUACUGAUGAUGCUCGAGCAGAUGGGAAACUCGUCCUGGUUGUGAUUGUCAAAGCUGCGUCUCUUUUACUUCUGGCUGUUGAUUUAACUCAGCAGACAGAAAGUAAAGCGAGGAAUGCCUUGACGAAACGCCCAAGCUACACCCCUGAAUUCAGCAGUGGAAAAAUACCAUAAGAAUCCAGUCUAAAUAAUGAGGCAGAUCAAAUUGAAUAAAUAUUUAGGAGGGGAAAUCAUAUCCUCUUAGAGCUUUACUGAUAAAAUAUUAGCCUAGCUGUACUCUCCGUUGGCCGGUGACGUCACUGAUGUGGGAGCUAAUGCCCCUACAGUGAUUUAGUCUCUGCUACGAGCUUCCCCGUUCACCCACUCGCCCACCUUUCAUGCCAAAUGCCAAACUGCACUGUUUGUCUUUCAAAAUGCCAAGAGGUGCAGGGAGGGAACCGUAACCGUGGGCGUUAGAAUUUACAAUAAAACCCCAAUGGUAUAAAGGUUUGGUGACGUUCUGCAAGGGCACAAACGUUAGUGAAGGGGUUAUGUGGAUCUUUAUUUACCAUCUCGUGCAUGAUCUUACUGAGUUUAGUAUAACCCCGAAUGCUUCUUCAAUAUUUACUGCGAACUUCAUAUUUGAUGACUUAGUGUUUUAUUAUUUAGAUGUUUAAUCUCGUCGGAGAUUAAACCAGUUUCUCACCGAAAUGUUUCCAGGUCAAAGCCGCCGCCGUGUGUCAUGCUUUUGUGUUAGCUAGCUCUGUAUUUACCACUGUUUUAGCAAAUCAGUCUAAAAAGGCUCGUAUUUGUGUGUUUUACCAAGAGAUGGAUGAAGUGUUCUUGAACCACUGAAUAUGUAACAUCAGUUAAGCUCUAUGAAGUUAGUAUAACUGGUAAAUGUACUCUUGUAAACUUCAUCAAUCUUUAUUUAUACAGCGCCAAAUCACAACAGUCGUUAUCCCAAGAUUGUCACGGUUAGGGGUUAAACAAAGAGGGAAAGGACCCAAAUGCAGAACAAAACAUGAUUUAUUUAAAAUGAACUAAAUGACAGGCAGCAAAAACUUACCUUAAAUGUCCAAAAGCAAAAAAACACGAGAAACAAAAAUCCAAAGAACCAAAAAUCACUGGGGACUCACUGUGGAUGCACCAUAAACAAGGACAAACACACCAACCAGAAUAGAGGGGAAGACAGAGACUAUAUACACACUGGUUAACGAGCAACAGGUGUGCCAAACAAGACACAGAUGAAACUCGUUAGUGAUUAACGAAGGAGGGAAAACUAGGAAAGUAAAACCAGACUAGAAACACAAGGAAUCAACUACUACAAAAUAAAAACAGGAAACACUGAAAACUGAUCUAAAGAAUAAAACACUGAAAACAUCAGGGAAAUACACUCAAAUAACAAAAACGGAGAAAAACUGAAUUAACAGAACAUAUCAUGACAAAUAUGCUCUCCAAAAGAGCAGGUCUAGACCAUUCAUUUUUAUGGGAGAGAUUUGACCCAUUUCAUCCAACAUGAGUGAAGCACUUUGCAGUAUUUAGCAAGUUACAAUGCUGAGGAAAAACUUCUCUUUCACAGGCAGAAACCUUGAGCAGGACCAGACUCAUCUUUGAUAGCUACCAUAAAUCAAAUGCUGUUAUAAGCUAGAUGUUUAAACAGCUGCUGAGUUUAUAAAAAAGUGCUAAACUUUAAAACAUGUAGGGUAGAAAGCCGAAAGGGAGACUAAAUCAAGGCAAGAUGAUACUAUGGUACAAGUCGAGGAGGCAUCUGGUUCUGGUUUAAAUCUUAUAUGUGUUGAUGACAGAUGACAUAUGUAUAUUGACAAUAUUUUGGCUUACAAGUGAACCGAACAGUGAAAAACAAGCCUUUUGAAGUGGAUGAUGGGGCGUUUGGACUUGGAAAUGGAUUAUGCCUCACUGUGUGGUACCACAUUUCAACUGUCAAAGAAACACAGCAAAGCCUCCUGUUAGAUGGAUGUUUUUACUUAAAAUUGAGAUGUGACCACUAAAUGUUGAACGAUUAAACUACUUGUUAAAAGCUUUCAGUCGAAAGGCCUUUUUACACAAAAAAAAUGCAUGAAUAAGUAAAUUACUGAAACUAAACCCUCAUGGUCUGUCGUCUUUGUCUCAGUAGAUCUUCCUCGCGAACAGGGAAAAGGAGAUCCCAGUCCGAAACAUCUUUCCCGUACCGGUAGUUGCUCGAUACAUUCGGGUCAACCCUAACUCCUGGUUCCCCAUCGGCAGCAUCUGUAUGAGAGUGGAGAUCCUUGGCUGUCCUAUGCCAGGUGACGGCUUUGUAUGGACAGAUUGCCUCGUAGAAGCUCUGUAUUCCCAGUAGGUGGGCUACAAAAAAUAAAACAGGAUAUCUUGACUUUUAUAUUCUUUGGGUUGCUGAGCUGAAGGUUGAUUGAAGUACAUAAUAUCGAUAAAGGCUAGGAACCCUUAAUUUACUAAAUACUGUAUACUAAUGCAAAAUCUGAAUCAUCUUUGUAUACCUAGAAACCACCUGAGGUAGAAAGAAAACUGUGAUUUACUUUGUUUUUUGUAAUAAAGCUCAACUUCGUCUAAGACAGAGUAAUCAGAGCAGGUGUUAAGCAUUUAUCACCUCCACACACCUGCCCUGACUAACCUCCUUUAAUCUCUAAAUAUCAAUUCUCAUACUAACUCUAUAUUUUUAUGAUUUCACUCAGAUCCAAAUAAUUACUACCACAGGCGUAAUGAAGUCAUAACCACAGACGACCUGGACUUCCGGCACCACAGCUACAAGGAAAUGAGGCAGGUGAGUCACAGCUGACAGACAGACAGCAUCAGCAGAAACCCCAGCUCUUCUUCCUUCUUAUUCAGCAAAAGACCCAAAGAGUCUUCGCGUGGCGUUAUAAAACAUCUCCUCUAACCGUGAGCCGGCAGCAGACAAGUUGUGUCCUCUGCAAGAACAAAGUGUGCAACGGUAACAAAUGAAGCGAGCGAUGCCAGCCACAUGAAAAUGCAUUAAGCAUCUCCUGGGUUGUGUCAUUACUUAUUCAUAUAGUUGUCAUGAGCAGUAGCCUGAGCGGGGAGACAGCUGUAUUUGUCACAUCUAACACUGAGACUGAGUGUUUGUCAAGGUACAAGUGCUGUGCAUCGUAAUCGCUUGUAAUUCAGCAGCUCUCCUGUUGCCUACAGAUGUCUUAAACUGCUGUUAUGACCCACAAUGUGAAUGUAUGCUCCCGAUGUAUGGUUCAUUGUUCAAUAGCAGUUUUUUCUCCAGGUGGAUUCUCCUGAAAAAUAGACCCUCAGAGUGAAUUAAAUGUCUUUUUCUUUGCCGUCUAUCUGCACUUUUUAAGCGAAUGUGUGACAAGCAGGGUGUGCAGCCUCAAUAGACCUUCACAAUAAAAGGAAGGACUAUUUUUAAAAGCUCUUUCACACUUGACAUUUCUUUUCUCCGAGCAGGUACAUGCUGCAUUAUCACCCCUUCAUCCACAACAGUUAAAGCAGGGCUGUGUUAAAACCCCACAGUCCAAAUAGCCCAUUUUAGCCCCACAACAGGAGUGAAAAAUAUGUUUAUUGUAUUACUUAAGGGCUGUCCUCUCCUGAGAUCUCAACUGAUUGUCCUGUGGCCUCACUAGGAAUACUGAUAUUGUCAGGCGUUUUAAGGAAGGUGCACAGCAAGAACAUUCCCCACAUUUUUCAGCAGGAAGACGGCAUAUUACCUUCGAUUACCCUUGCACAUCCUGGGCCAAGACGCCUACUGUAUCGUGAAUGAUUGUGUUAGCUGAAGCAGAAAGUUAAGUCUGUACAAGUAGAUUUAAACACAAUCUUCCUCUCUGUGGGAAGAAAUAAAGACCCUCUCAAGUGAAGAUAGCCACAUAUUUUAGGUGAAACCUCUACCUGAAAGACAACAUUUUUGACGUUGAUCAUAAGAAAUGCAAUCCAGAUAAAUAUACAUUUAUAUAAAUAUAAAACCAAUUAGGAGGAGGAACUCUUCUGCCAACUUCUAGUCAUUUAUUUUAUGAACAAACCAGACAUUUGUUUAAUGAUUGUCUUGGUAAGAAAAAUUAAAAUUCAACCCAAGACUUCAUUAAAAUGCCAUCAGUCCUGUUUGGUUAAUGGCUUUUGCAGCAGCUGGAAGAGAAAGCAAACUCUGAUUUGUGGCAUUAAGGUGGUCGCUUUACUUAACAGCUUGUUAGUCCUUUACCAGAUGCACUUUCUCUGUCUCCACUCUUGGAUUUAUGUGUUUAUAGUUCCUGCUGUUUGAGUUAGCUCCUCAACAGGUCUGUCUUUACAAUUACAUUUACUCCUUGUUGGAGUGCUUAAAAAAACCUGUAACAGAUGUUGUUUAAAUAUAAUUUUUUUUAUUUUCAAAACUAUGGAGGUUAUUUUGAGCUAUUUAAAGGCUGAACAGACACAACAUUUAUAGCUGUAACAUUGUAAUUCAAAAUACUGUUUACAUAUAAAAGAAAAAUAAGAAAGAAUAGAAGCAAGAAAAAAAAAACUUUUCCUUGAGCUGUGUCACUCCGCUGCGGUAAUGGACUGCUGAGUUGUCCAUACAAACAAGCAGAUGCUGGAAGAGAGUAGGUGAGUUGUGUUUAGUCUCUUGCUAAGGAAAUUAGUCAAAGCUAAAAAGAUGUUUGGUGGCUAGUGCUAUAGCUGGGACCCUAUAUGUACUGUUGAUGAAGUUAGGAGCUGUUCUGAGAAUUAUUUGUGGCUAUAGAGUGGCGUUUUGGUUGAGCUCAUGGCUCCUGGUACCACUGUGUAUUGCUAUUGUGCGGUCAUCACUAAAGUUGGUAUAACUAGAGAAGCAAGUGAUCGGCAACAUUCAUCUCUCGAGGCGGUGUCUAACUCGGUGUUACAGUGUGUUUGACCCUAACUUAAUUGUAUGCCGGAAUAGCCCUUUAACAUUUGCAGUUCAUGAACCUUGACUGACUGUGUAGGAACUUUUGCAUCGAUUACUAUAACUCUGACUGUAACUGUCAAAUGUCAAAUGUUCUUCUUUUAAUCAACAAAACAUGUUUCAAAGUUGUAAUGGUCUCUUAGAGAACACUGCAGGUAUCAAAGUAAGAUCUUUAAAAAACAUUUAAAUACUGUAAUUUCAUAAACUUGUGCUUCUUAACCUUUCACAGCUUAUGAAGGUGGUCAAUGAAAUGUGUCCCAACAUCACCCGCAUCUAUAACAUAGGAAAGAGCCACGGUGGCCUCAAGCUUUACGCCAUCGAGAUUACUGACAACCCAGGAGAGCAUGAAGUGGGUGAGUGUCUUCAACAGGACGUGAUUGAUGAGUACAAUCAAAAUGACAUUAGAUUUGCCACAUUGUGAUUCUUUUUCAAUUGCAUGUUUAACCUCUUUUAUCGUCUCUCCUCCCUCUCUUACAUAAACCUGCUGACCAGGUGAACCAGAGUUUCGUUACACAGCAGGUUCCCAUGGUAACGAAGUGCUGGGGCGGGAGCUGAUCCUCCUGCUCAUGCAGUUUAUGUGUCUGGAGUAUCUGUCAGGCAACCAGCGGGUCCGUCACCUGGUGGAGGAGACCAGGAUCCAUCUCUUGCCAUCUGUCAACCCCGAUGGGUACGAGAAAGCCUUUGAAGCGGUAGGUCUGCGCUAAUGACCUCAUAUCACACACUGGCCUCUGGUGGAAAGGCAGAAAUAUCUGCCCAGCAGGGCCUCUUCCCCCCCUUCACACCAUAUGGAGAAGGUGGAUUUUAGGAAAUGGGUUUAUGAGUCUUUUUAUAAGCGAACAUAGCAGAAGUGGACAGCCUGUUCUUUAGUAAAAUUCCACUGAGACACAUGUUCUUGAGCAUGGGCUGUAAUCAAACACAGGCCUGCAAGAUUAAAGGCAUGAAAUCAAUGAGACACGAAUAGAUAAAGACAAAUGAGGGAGGUUAAAAGAGGCAGAGCUUGGCCUCUGUGCAGUCACUGACAUCUGUCCUUCUGAGCCUUGAUGUGUGAUUACACUGUAGAUGUUGUAACCCUGUUUCAAAGAAGCUAAUAGUACCCUUAAUAAAUGAUUCCCAUGUCAGCUUGAGUGAAAAUUUGCAUGAACAUGCACCGUUUAAAGUGAUGAAUCUUUCCAGCACAGUGAGGCCGGUGAAGGAGCAGCAGAAUGGGGUCCUCUGACUGUUUAAACAUCUGCUGGGAUCAUUUUUGAAAAACUGGAUUUAAAUAAAAAUCUUAUUUUUAUUACUUGGUUAAAGGAAUAUUCAGGUGUACAAUUAAUACAGGGUCGUAACACCGAGUUAGACACCCCCUUGAGAGAUGAAUGUUGCCGACCACUUGCUCCUCUAGUUAUAUCAACUAUAGCAACGACCGCAGGAUAGCAAUACAAAGCGGUCUGAGGAGCCAUAGACAAACCUCAACCAAAACGCCACAAAUAAUACUAAGAACAGCACCUAACUUCAUCAACAGUACAUAUAGGGUCCCAGCCACAGUACUAGCCACCAAACAUCUUUCUAGCUUUGCCUAAUUUCUUUGGCAAAGAGACUAAACACAACUCACCUACUCUCUUCCAGCAGCCGCUUGUUUGUAGCGAGUCCUUGGGCCAGUCCAUGAAGGACUGCAGCAGGGUGACGCAGCUUAAGGAAGAACAUUUUUGAUCAUUACUUUAUCAUUUCAUUUUUAUCAUAGGACCCUAUAUGUACUGUUGAUGAAGUUAGGUGCUGUUCUGAUCAUUAUUUGUGGCUAUAGAGUGGCGUUUAGGUUGAGGUUUGUGUGUGGCUCCUCAGACCGCUGUGUAAUGCUAACCUGCGGCUGUUACUUAAGUUGGUAUAACUAGAGAUGCAAGCAGUCGGCAACAUUCAUCUCUCAACGCGGUGUCUAACUCGGUGUACAGUGUUUUUGACCCUAACUUAAUUUUAUGCGGGAAUAUCCAUUUAAGUGCUCAAAAACAUUUCACUUGUCCACCAUAGUUUGGCCUGUUAAGCAUAAACUCAAAAGUUAUUUUAAUCACAAUGCCCCCCACCCCUAUUACGGUAAACUGUCAAAUAGCCAAAAAAAAAACGGUGAGGGAGUUCAUGAGCUGAUUUUUAAAGAUGUGAGGUGGUCAAUAUCGAAGAAGUGACUAAGGCUAAUUAACAGUUUCAUGUAUGAAACAGCACAUCCUCUCUGACAGUAGAUGACAGAGGAGCAGGCCACACAGCACAGCCAGAGCUUUUGCUAAGCAGAUGAGAGACAGAGAGGAGGAGAGAGCAGGUGAGUAGAUGCACAUCGAGAGGGAGAGAGAGGUUACAGCCACCAGCACACAGACAGAAAGAGAGUAAGAGAGAUAUGCCCUGCCGGAGUUGGGAAGUGUUUGUAUGUGGCCUGUUGUGUCCUUUGUUUUUUCCAGCUGAUUCCAUUUGCAUGUUUUGAGACAAUGAAAUGUCCAGCUAUCAUUCUACCUUUUCAUCUGUACUGCUUGGACCAUUGAGAACAGCCACUUCAAGAGACACUGCUCCUGUAGACUACUACAGUAUCUCAAGUGCUAAUGUACUUUUUUUACCCCUCAUAGAUGUAACACCCCUGCUAAGGAUGACUAUGCACUCCACAUGAAACCAUUAUACUACAUUAAACAGCACCUAUUAUCUUAUCAUAGCUCUAACUAUAAUUAAACUCACAACUAUCUGACUUCUUUUUUCCUUCAUACUGAACUCUGCUCUUUUUAUCUCUCUCAGGGUUCAGAGCUCAGCGGCUGGUCUCUAGGCCGGUGGAGCAAUGAUGGAAUAGACAUCCACCAUAACUUCCCUGAUCUCAAUUCCAUACUGUGGGAAGCUGAAGCCAAGAAGUGGAUCCCUCGCAAAAUGCUCAACCACCAUGUUGCUAUCCCGGAGUGGUACCUGACCAAAAACGCAUCAGUUAGUAGAAAUCAUUCGUAUUUGAAACACAUUUAAUGUCAAAUUGAUUGAUCUGGUUGAGAUGUUUUUUCAUGUAUAAACAGUAUGUAGGCUCAAAAGACAUGAGGCAAAAGACCACACACUAAAAGAGACACCUAUGAGGAGUAUUUAUCCAGCCAUGAAACACACUGAAACAAAUAAUGAUGUUUUUUUAUAACCAAAAUCAGACCAUCAGCAUAACUGUCUCCACACACCAAGCGCAAGUAAACUCAUUCGCGCGAAUGAAUUAGAUGUAAAGUCAAUGCAAAGACGCGAUUAGACGCUCCUACUACUCUGGCGGCGUGAUUGGCAUGAAUUGGGCGUGAGCUGAAAAUGUCUCAACUUGAGCGGAUAUUCGCACCAUGAUAGCUAAUGAACACGAAGGUUGCCAGGUGACGUAUGAAAACAAACAGUUGUUCACUGGUAUCUAAAAUGGAGGACAAACUGAUCGUGUGGGUGUUUAGGUGCCCCAAAUUUUAUUAUACCUUGUCUUUCAAUUACCGAAACCAGAGGGAGGUCGGAUUAUCUGGUAAAUUGUAAAAAACCUUUGUGUAUCACUUGAUCCCGCUUGAUCGAAAUUACCACUGACGCGUGAAUGAAGCGAGUAAAUGCUAUUCAUUCACCCGUCUAGAUUCGCACGAAUUAAGCGAGUAGAUGAUUUUACUCACGCCUCAUAAGGAUGGACUACCUCUACAUAUUUUUAUUUAAAGUUUGAAACCACUUGCUGGGGUUAGGUGCCAGUUGUAGUAACUAAUGAGUGACAUGUUGGACUUUAAAAAUGAAGCAGGAAGAUUUCGACUAACUUCUGUCUAAAAGUUCCUAACAGUAGCUUUAAUAAUGGAGGUUUAUCUAGCAUUUUAUUUCACCCCCCUUUGUUGUACUGUAUUUAAAUUAUGUUUGGUAUUCAGUUUUCAUUGACAUCCUCCCUGAUGAUAAAUUAUACUUUCAUGUCCUUGUUUUCCCCUCCUCAAAUUUAACAAACAAACUUACAGUGAAGACCUCCCCUCCCUCUCUUAUAAAGGAUAAAAAAAAAGACCAACGCAGGCAUAUUAGCUCCGUCUAUUUCCAGAGAGGCAUGUGCAUGUACAUUGUCUAUUUGUGACGGAGCUGUCGGGAGCGAAAAUACACCCAACGAUCUAUUUAAAGCUCAUCCUCACGAGUGGUUUGACGUUACCGAGAGCAUCGAGUGAGUCACACAGAGCCUCCAGAAUAGCUGCUGCAGCUGCAGGGCUGGGAUCCCCAUCUGUGCUCAGGAAGCUGUGAAAAGCAUCCUCGCCUCGCCUCGCUCGCCUCAUUGACUGGCCCAAUCAGGGCUAAGAGACAGGGGGACUGCUUUAAUUAUACGAGGCUGAACAGCAGGUCCAGUUUCAUCCACAUCUUGAUUUGUAACAUGGAAAUAUUUAUCCUGACUUUUUUUGCGAAUGUCAAAACUAAACUUUAUAUUUACUGAAAAAUGUGGUGUACACUCCUUGCCAGAAAGGAACAUAUUUCCUGCUGGCAUAUUGAAGUAUAUUAUUAAAACUUUGUCUGCUUUUCAGGAUAGAUUUUAAUCAAAUUAGUUUACAGUUUGGGAGUGCGAAUCAUCUUUUUGAUGGCUUUACAGCUCCCUCGUGAGAGUACAUCACAGUGAAAUUAUUUUCAGCAUGAGGGAGUUAAUUUAGCAAUCACAACGCUGAGAUGAUUGCACAAAUUAUAUUACGGCCGCCUCUCCUGUGUCCCCCACCGCAGGUUGCCGUGGAGACACGCGCUCUGAUAGCGUGGAUGGAGAAGAUAUCCUUCGUGCUGGGUGGUAACCUCCAGGGCGGGGAGCUGGUGGUGACCUUCCCAUACGAUAAAACUCGCUCCCAAGGGGUCACCAGAGAGCCAACCUCCACCCCAGACGACCACGUCUUCCGUUGGCUGGCCUUCUCAUACGCCUCCACCCACCGCCUGAUGACUGACGCUAACAGAAGGGUCUGCCACACGGAGGAUUUCGCCAAAGAAGACGGCACCAUAAACGGGGCGUCCUGGCACACGGCGGCUGGCAGUUAGUGUCCAAAGCUUCCUGUGUGUUUUCUCUCUGAUCCUAAUGCUGUGUUCUGCAGGAUUUCUCUGCUCAGCUCUGAGCCUUUGAGCUGUAGCUUUGUUUAGCACACAUGAGCACAUCUGCAUAUUCAGGCCCGGAGCCCUUUGGCUGUUUCAAAGCCUCUAAGAUUUACCUCCAAGCAUCAUGUAAGAAUUCAAAGAAAAACAAACAAAGCCAGACUUUAGAAUCACCAAAAAACUGCAGCUGACAAAAAGCCAAAAUUCUGACCUAAGCUGACAACGGCCCUCAGAUAUGUUUCUCCUUCUUGGCAGGUUUGAAUGAUUUCAGCUAUUUGCACACCAACUGCUUUGAGUUGUCGAUGUAUGUGGGCUGUGACAAAUUCCCUCAUGAGAGCGAGCUGCCAGAGGAGUGGGAGAACAAUCGCGAGUCUCUUCUUGUCUUCAUGGAGCAGGUACAGAGACAAGGCAGCCCCCGCAGCUCACACAUACACACAGUAAUCACAGAAACACACGCAGGCACAUGCUUUUUGUCAUUCUCAAGUUAUUUUCGGACGACUGUGCUACAAUUCUGAUCCUAAGUUUGUCCAAAUCUUUUUCACACCAUGGUUUCCGCUAAUGAGGGCUUUAUUAAGGCCCAAUGAGCAAAUUGGUACAGGUCUAGCACACAGAGAGCAAAAUUAAUCAUCCAUUCAGGCCUUUUCUUUCACUCGAGAAGAAAAACAUGCUCGCAUUUAUAAACUGCAGCAAAAUGUGCAGCUUCUGAGUUCAAAUUAGAGAUCACCCGGGACAACAAAAUGCAUCCUCUUGUAUCUUAUCACAUCAAAACGUAACUUUCAUGUAUUAUCGUAUGAUGUAUCAUUUUAUACAUCAUAUCAAUUUAAAUCUUAUCAUGUUAAACUGUAAUUUAUUGAAAUGUUCCAUAUCAUACAGUACUUAACCAUAUAUUAUAUAAUAUCAUGUCAUGUCAUGUCAUAUUGUAUCAUGUCAUAUAUUAUAUCAUAUCAUAUCGUGUCAUGUCAUGUCAUGUCAUGUCAUGCCAUGUCGUAUCAUAUCAUUUCACAUCAUAUCAUGUCAUAUCAUAUUAUUUUAUAUUAUAUCAUACCAUGUCAUAUCAUAUCAUAUCAUAUCAUUUUAUGUCAUAUCAUAUAUCAUAUCAUAUCAUAUCAUAUCAUAUCAUAUCAUAUCAUAUCAUAUCUUACCAUGAGGCAUCGUAUCAUAUUGCGAUGUAUCAUAUUAUAUUGUUAAAUUUUAUAUCCUAUUAUUAUGUAUUGUAUCAUACUAUUUCUUAUCAUAACAUACAGUAUGAAUUUCUAUUCUGUUCUGUCCUGUCCAAGCCCAUCCUAUUAUAUCAUAGCACGCCCUAUCCUACUCUAUUCUAUCCUGUCAUGUGUACCAUUUUGUGUUCUAGCAGUUCAUGUCAUGUCAUUUCACAUCACAUAGAAUCAUAACAUAUAUGAUUUUAUGAUUCUAUUAUGCAUAUUGAAUGGCAUCAUGUUGUGUUCUAUGGUAUAUUAUUUCAUAUUGUAUUGAUUUGCACUGCACUGUCACAUAAUAUAUUACAUUGUUUAACAUCACUUCUUAUCCUACAGUAUUGCAGAGAUAACCUUUCGGCAAACUCCAAUAGCUUAUUUUAACAUUUAAUGGACAAUGGAAAAAAAAGUACCUGCUUCACUUUAGAGAUGUUUAGAAAUUCUCCAUAAUCCGAGAUGAACAACAAUUUCUAGUUUCUACCGCUGUAGUUACCUUUUGGCUGCACGCUGCAAGUACAUUUAAGUAUAUUCUGCAAUAAAUUAACUAUAAUUUAAGAUGAGUUUAUGAAGUUUCACUGAAUGCCUCAUCUAAUAACAGACCAGAGCACUGUGGAUUUGAGGAUAUUGAAAGUUGUGUUUUUUGAAUUCCUGCAGAAUAAAUUGACAUUCUCAGCCGUACUUUGAGACGACUUUGAAAUAAGACAAGCUUGUCAUCUGCUUAUGUUAUAUUCUCUCUAGUGGUGGACUUCAGAGGAUCCACCGCCUUGUAGGGACACAGCUUUUGUUAAAAUAUUGAAGGCGGAUGAGGAGGAGAGAUACAAAAACAGGCUUAACUGCUCUGUUAAACUCAAGAUCAUACAUUAUACAUGAUAUCAUCGCUUCAUUUAAUAUACAUCAUGAUUAAUAAGUAAGAAGAGGUUUCUCGGGUAAACUCUGGGUGGAUUCACAAAAGCUGUGCUUUUCAUGUACAGGUGCAUCGUGGGAUCAAAGGUGUGGUGAGGGACUUGCAAGGUCGCCCGAUUGCUAAUGCUACCAUCUCUGUGGAGGGAAUCAGUCAUGAUGUUUGCACAGGUAUAAUAUCUCAUUUCACAAGAUAUUUUGAUGUAAUUGUUUUGUUGUUGCACUCAAGGAUCUCACACCAUGUGUUUAGCAGCAUGUGGAUAUUUUCCCAUAAUCCCUCAAAUUUUACAUAAGCGUCUGUGCUCGAAUCUUGCCAUCAAAGCAGAUGAGGUUAUUUCAGGGCGCAGUGACUCAGCUGUCUCUAUAAUUCAGGUUAUCCCUCAGGAAUGAGUCACUUUUACAGUAACUUAGUAUUCUAGAGUAAGACAGAAUAAAUAAGCUUAAAUAGAGGCAGCUGGUGAAUUUUAGCUGCGCUGCAGGUUAGAGUCUGACUCAGAUCAUAGUCACAGACACUGUCUGCUCAGAAUCCGACUACUGAGCAUGGCAUCCUGAAGGUAAUUGCUGCAGAUGCCUAAAAAAUGCAACCUUCAAAGCUGAAGCAGUUUUGCUCUCAAAGCGCGAAAUCGAAUGUCCAAAAAGGGACAUUAAGCGUUAUUAUUCUUGGAUCUAAGUAUAAGUCGCAGCUUCCUCUCAGACACCUUAAUGUUCUCCUGAGAUUUAAGGGUAUUUUAUUUAAAAGUUGUACAUUUUCAGCUGCUUUUACUUUGCUCUGGAAACACUUGAACCGUCACAGACCAACAUUUGGAAAGGAACAAAAGAGUCGAUGGCUGAAUGAUGUUUAUGAGACGAAAAGUUUUUCAUUUAACAGCAUUUCUGCUGAGGCAUUUCAGGAAACAAUAAGAUCAAUGUCAGACGGACACUGUAUAUUAAAUUUCAUCCGUCAUAAUGCCAAAUAUGUGAGGUGGGCGUUUAGAUGACCAAGAGGAAUCUGCUGCUGCUGCUUCUGCGAAUGAGUCAAAGGCUGAAAAUACAGCACAAGCGUUCUCAGGUCACAUACAGGCAGAAAAUCCAACAUGACAAAGCAGAGCUAUUUUUAAAAGUCCAAACAGGAACACACAACAUCUCUCCUCUAAAAAGUGGAGCACAAAGAACACUUCAACUUUAAUUUAAGGCUUUGGAUGAAAACUUAUGUGCUGUCUGCCUUUUUUUUGCUGCUGCUUUGUAAGCUGUUUAAAAUCAGCUUUCUAGGACAACAUUAACAUACUGCUGUUGUUGCUGAAAUCAGGUGUGACUCUUCAGCUUGUUUUGAUUUACCUUAAAUGUUCGUUAAGAUGGACCUCUGUGCAUGAAAGCCUCAGGGAUGGAAGGUUAAUUACCACAGGGCAAAGUGGGGGUUCAAUGCUCACUGAAAGUGCCGACAACAAAACUGCCUUUUUAAUUAUCCCCUUUAAGUUGCAACCUGAAAGACUUUUGAUUUAACUAAGAGGUUUGGAUAGUGGUGUUUAAAGGCAUGGUUGACGAUCUAAGAGGCAGUUGAAAAAAAAUAAACCGUUGAGGCAGAUUUGCCAUAUAAACGAGGUUCAUAAUAAUUACCAAUCUCUCCAAUCAUCGAUCAUGACUUUAACUGAGAGUCAUGGCCAAAGGUUUAGUUCCAGACCUUGACACUUGACCCUUUGACAAAAUUGUUACUAAAGCAAACAAACAAACAAACAAAUAACAAUAACAAAGAAGGGUCGUGGAAGAAAUAUACUAUGGGAGUUGAAACUGGGAAACUUAGAUUGUGAGAAACUUUAGUGAGCUCCCAGGACACAUAAAUGAGAUCUCCUGAUCAUUUUUCAUCCAGGUAUAGUCUGAGGAGCUUGGACUAUACUCUGAGAUUUAGCUUCCCAGACUCAGAGACCCAUCAGCUUUUCAUGGCUUUAACAAAAGCGGCGCCUCUUUCCAGGCUUAAUAAGGUCAACAGCAAACUACAGACAGAUUUUCACCGGUAUAAGCCGCCCUCUGAGCUCGACAAUAUACUGUACUCUCUAGGCUGACUGUGACUGGCAUGUGCAGGGACCAUCUAAUUGACUUGAGUUGUUAGUAAAUGAAGAAAUGAACCUGACUGAAUUGUAUUAGGAUUUUGCAAAAGUUUCUGAGAGUCUCAAGGAAGUUUAGAUAAUGCUUUCCUGCCCUUUCAGGAAGAGGAGAGGAAGAGAAACACAUUUUUCAUGGUGUUAAAGAUGAAAUGUCAUAUCUGUCAGUGAGAAGCAAAUCUGGGUUGAGGUUCGAAAAACACCUGCAAACAGCAUGACAGUCUUUACACUGAAAGAUUAAAGUUUGCUACUUCUACUAAAGGGAUAUCCCAGUAUUUUUUACUUUAAAUAGCGUCUCUUACAGUGUUGUUUUCGUUGACGAUGACGUUGAUGAAAUAUUUUCGUCAAAGAUAUAUACGUUUAGCGUUUGACUGAUGAAAUGCUCAUGAAUUUUGCAACUCUGUUCGUUUUCGUCUAGUCUCGUCAACGUAAACGCACAUUCGUCUAGUCACAUUUUAGUCAUCUAAGAUUUAUGUUUAGCUCGUCAACGUCACGUCUUCGUCGUUAAAAAAAAGGGGUGUUGACGAAAUAUUUUCGUCAUCAACAAAAACAACACUGGUCUCUUAAUAAAAAAUCUAACCUUGCUGACUUUUGAUUGUCAAAUAUGUCCUUUAUCGUGAAUAUUUUCUGUGUAAACUGUGAAACACCUACUAUGCCAGUAAAAAGUGACAUUAUACAAGUGGUUAAUCUUGUCCCUGGUGGUCUUAUUUGUAUUUGGAUGCCAUAAAAAGGCAUCAAUAUGGAUUCAGUCGGUUUCUUAAAUUUCUUGAAGCUUGAAGUAAAAAAAAAAGUACAAAAUAGGCUAAAAAAGGUGACUUUGUUGUGUUUUUGUUGUGUGUUAAAGCUGCUGAUGGUGAUUACUGGCGCCUGUUGAACCCCGGAGAGUACCGGGUCACAGCAAGAGCUGAGGGCUACAGCCUCAGCACCAAGAAGUGCGAGGUGGGCUACGAGAUGGGCGCCACCAGAUGCGACUUCGUCAUCGGCCGCACCAACCUGGCGCGAAUCAAAGAGAUAAUGGCAAAAUUCAACAAGCAGCCGAUGAAGAUUCCAGUGAGGAGGCUUCAAGCCCAGAGGUCCAGAGAGAGACGUCUGGGAACAUCAUGACUGUACGGGGAGGAGGAGGAGGAGGAGGGAGGAAGAGUUAAAAACAAACAUCUGCUCUGAUCAGACCAGGAUGAAGUCCAAGUGAGGGUUUGGACCUCUGUCAGGUUCCCCCAGAGCACUGUCAGUGGAGUUAGUGUUCAAAGAGUGAAAAUGUGGAUUAAUUUAAACAGGAUGCUUUGUUUGUUGUUUUGUGUGGUUCGGUCACAUCUCGUUCCCAGAUAUAAGCUCUCUCUCUCUCUGCUAACUGAUGUCAUCUCAUUCUUUAUAUCAAAGUUUUAAUCUGGCCGAAGCCUGUGUGAUAUUUUUCCCUUCAGCUAAUGAGAAAUAGACAGAAAUCUCCCAUCAGCCUCAACAGCAAAAAAAAAAGAUUAAAUCACAGCAGAACUCAAUUUUAAAUAAGAGAAGAUUUUCACAUCAGCUACAGAUGAGGAAUCUGUUUUGUUUCUAAUUCUAACCACUGUGAGGAAUGGCUUUGACCGCCGUUAUGUACAUACUUAUUAACUUAUGUAACACAGUUAUGUAAACCAUUACAAAAGCUUCAUUACCUGCACUUGUACAUUUUUGUGGUGCUUUUUAAAAACCGGGACUCAGUGACCUUUAGUGUGUCACUGAUUGUUUUUAUACACUUUGCUUUCGGCAGUUUAUUGAAUAAAGGCUGUUUGCACAAAUCGCAAUUGUUUAUUUGCUCAUGUAGAAGAGAGUGUAUUUAAUUCCCAGCAGGUGGGCACUUUGGAAACCGAUUAAUUAAACUACAUUUGAAUAACUCUGCAAUUACAGGCUCAAAAACUGAUGGUGGUAUUUGUUAAUGGAAACUGUUGAUUUAUUUAUAAUGACAUGGAGGUUUCUCAUUCGGUGGAUGUUUAAUAUUCUGAUAACAUGCAAUCGCUUUCUCAGAGAGUUAUUUCUUCUAAUGAUAGAAAACAGUAUAUAAUCUCCACUUGAAUUCAAUUAAUAUAACAACUCAACUAAAAUAGAGGAUUUUCAUCUCAAUAAGCAAAAGUAUAUUUCAAAAAUGCUUAAAGCUACUGUAAGGAGUUUUUUAAUGGUUAUGAAAAUGACUGUAAAUGACAGUAAUUGAUUUUGUUGCCCAUAGAGCAACCUCCAUCAUUAUCCUGAAUUACUACAAUUUCUUUAUUGCAGUUUUGGAUACCUUUAAUCACUGUGAGGGGGUAGGUGUCAGAGAAGUCAGUAAAACCUAAGUAAAGAAAGACCCUUUAUUGACUUUUUCCUCAGCAAAUAGUCGCAAUGAGUCAUACAUUUCACGAUUAAAAGGAAAACAGACUGAAAACAUGAUUCAUAUGUAUACAGGUUAGGGAUAAACAGACAUGAGACAUGGGCGUUGGAGUAAAUAGACAACAGACAGGAGCUUUAAUGAAUCAGGUUUCUAGAAGUGAACAGAAAAUUAGUGGAGAUGGACCUAUGGAAUAAAAUCAAAGAAUU